ACAUCAAGUUGUUAUUGUGGUGAAACUAUUUUCUUAUAAUUUUCAAAGUAAAUACUAGUUUAAAAAUUAUACAAUUUACAUUAAAUCUUCAUUGCUGUAAUAUUUUUAUUAUUGAAUUAAAAUUAUUUUUUCAUCUCGUUUUGUCUUAAAACGAUGUCAGUUUUAAAUUGUAAUUGAAGUUAACCUGUUAGAAGUGUUAUUCAAUCGAAUAAAAAUGAGUGGAAUUAGAUUUGGUGUAAAUUCGAUAAUUCAGCGCACUUUAUUAUCUAAAUAUUUUGGAUGGAGUAAAUUAAAAGAAUCUAAAACUAUGUGUGGUGCAAAUUUUUCUUCAAUUUCAUUAGAUAAGGAUCGAAUUUUGAAAAACGAAGAACAAUCCAUCCAUUCAUUGUCCGAUGGAAAUACGAAACAAAAACGUUCUUUGCCUGAAGGACCUAAUUUGACAGACUUUUUAAUGGCUAAUAUGACAGAUCUUCCAGAACAGAAAAUUGAAGAACAUCCAUAUGUAAAAGAUUCAUGUGGUUCACUUCCACAAAAAGUUUAUUUUGAUGUAAAUGGAUGCCAAAUGAAUGUUAAUGAUACUGAGAUUAUUUGGUCAAUAUUAAAAAGUGCCGGAUAUCUCAGAACAACUGACAUUGAUGAUGCUAAUAUAAUCUUAGUAGUGACAUGUGCCAUAAGAGAAAGUGCAGAAGAAAAAAUAUGGACAAAAUUAUCUCAUUUAAAAAAAAUUAAUCAAACACGAAAAUGGCUAGGGACUAAGAAACCAAUCAAAGUUGGUUUACUAGGAUGUAUGGCUGAAAGAUUAAAAAAUAAAGUUCACGAAAAAGCUAAAAAUGUUGAUGUAAUUGCUGGACCUGAUAGUUAUCGUGAUUUACCAAGAUUGCUAUCUAUAACGGAAAAUCGGGAAGCGGCCAUCAAUGUUGCUUUGUCUUUUGAUGAAACGUAUGCUGAUGUAACACCUGUUCGAUUAAAUCCUGAUUCAGUUUCAGCUUUUGUAUCAAUUAUGAGAGGGUGUGAUAACAUGUGUACUUAUUGUAUUGUUCCCUUUGUAAGAGGAAGAGAACGAUCAAGACCAGUUUCUAGCAUUUUGGAAGAAGUUAGACAUUUAUCGGAUCAAGGGAUAAAAGAAAUCACUCUUUUAGGGCAAAAUGUCAAUAGUUAUCGAGAUUUAUCGGAAACAAAGUUUUUUGCAGAAACUAAAAAUGAAACUAAUUUAGCUAAAGGCUUCAAAACUGUUUAUAAAAAAAAAUUAGGUGGUUUAAGAUUUAGUGAUUUAUUAGAUAAAGUAUCUUUAAUAAAUCCUGAAAUAAGAAUUAGGUUUACAUCGCCACAUCCAAAAGAUUUUCCAGAUGAAGUAUUAAGUUUAAUAGCAUCAAGAUCAAACAUUUGUAAACAAAUUCAUUUGCCAGCUCAAAGUGGCAAUUCCAACGUAUUAGAACGAAUGAGACGUGGAUAUACUCGUGAAGCUUACUUAGAGCUUGUUGAGCACAUAAGAAAUAUAAUACCAGACAUUAAAUUAUCUUCGGAUUUUAUUGCAGGCUUUUGUGGAGAAACAGAUGAUGAAUUUGAAGAUACUAUAUCUUUAAUGGAAGCUGUACAAUAUCAUAUGGCUUAUUUGUUUAAAUAUAGUAUGAGAGAGAAAACUACAGCACAUAGACGCUACGUCGAUGAUAUUCCUACUGAAGUUAAAUUACAGAGAGUGCAAAGAAUGACUGAUUUAUUUCGAAGUCAAGCAGAAAGAUUAAACAGUUUAGAAGUUGGUAGCCAACAACUUGUUUUAAUCGAGGGUGUCAGUCGAAGAUCAAAAUCAGUUCUUCAAGGUCGGACGGAUGGAAAUAUAAGAGUUCUUAUUCCAAAUCCAGAAACUUCUACCAAUAUUUCAAAUAAGAUAUUGAACAAAAUAAAUCCAGGAGAUUACGUAGUUACCCAAAUUUGUGAAUCCAAUUCUCAUUCAUUAACAGGUAUUCCUCUUCAUCAUUCAUCAAUUGUAGAAUUUUCAAAUGUACAUUUAAAUAGUAAAGUGUAGAUAUGUAAAUAAUAAAAUACUAGUUAUUCAAUUUAAUGUAUAUAUUUUAUUAAUUGUAUUAAUAAAAAAUAAAUAACUGACUUAUUUUUAUGUAUGGCAACAACUCAUACAUUUUAGGUUGUAUU